AUGUCGUGUGAAAACAAGAAAAGGGCCUAUUUAGACUACACGUCCGAAAAAUUACAGGCAGCUGUAGCUGAAGUACAGUGGAAAAGGUCAUCUAUAUUUGCGGCUUCCCGGAGCUUCAGCAUACCGUAUGGUACGUUGUAUCAUAAAAUACACGGUUUGUACAGCAAGAAACCUGGUUCACCAACCGUUUUAACCGAUGCACAAGAAUGCGAUCUUGCUGAUACCGUUCGUGUCGCUGGCGUUUGGGGAUUUCCGCUGACUGCGGAUUGUAUAAAGAAGCUCGUCAAGCAAUUCCUGGAUCACAACAAAAUGAAGACCAAAUUCAAGAACAACACUCCUGGAAAAGAUUGGAUCAACUCAUUCCUGAAAAGGCACACAUUAGUUUCGCGCUUGUCUCAAAACAUUAAGCGAAGUCGUGCCAAAGUGAGUCUUGAGACGAUCAAAAAUUAUUUCGACAAUCUUGCGACAACUGUGGAUGGUGUCCCUCCGGAAAACAUCAUAAACUACGACGAAACCAACUUCAGCGAUGAUCCGGGAUCGAAGCGCGUCGUAGUGCAAAGAGGCCAAAAACACGUAGACACAGUAAUGGACCAUUCUAAAUCCUCGUUUUCUGUAAUGUUUGCGGGGGCAGCCAAUGGAAAAAUGCUGCCACCGUAUGUCGUUUAUGCAGCUAUCCACAUGUAUCCAACUUGGACUGAAGGGGGACCAGAUGGUUGUAGAUACAACCGCACAAAAUCUGGCUGGUUCGACUCUAUGGUGUUCGAAGACUGGUUCUUCACGAUAGCACUGCCAUACUUCAACGGACUACGUAACGAUAAAAAACGUAUUAUCAUCGGCGAUAAUGUUGCUUCACAUUUAAGCUUCCGUGUUCUACAAUCCUGCAUGGCCAGCAAUAUCAGCCUGGUUCUGCUGCCGCCUAACGCUACUCACCUAUGCUAG